CGGCUUCUGUUGUUGUCAUGGCGGUGUUUCAAACGGUUGAUAAUCUAUUAGACUGAAAUUAAACAAGUUAACCAUGUGCUAUAUUUUACUUUACUGUCAGUUAGACACGCUAUGUGCAAAGAUAAUGUAUAAUUCCUAUAUAAACUGAAGAAAAGUCGUUAUAAAUGGUUCCGCGAUUUCUGUAGGACAGCAAAGUCAAAGGAGAGACUGGGUUGUUUUAGAGUCAACACGAAACGGUCACAACCGCUGCGAUUUAACAACUGGGAUGUCACAAAUCAAGCUAUUGUUCAAUGAAGCCAUCCCUGCAAGUGCCAGCAACCGUGCCACCCAUGUACGCCUGCCUGCCCCCAUUGUGAUAGAGAGGCUGCUGCCGCGGUCAGAGGAGCGUGAGAAUGUGGACAGCCCCAGGAGCUCCAUCAGCUUCACAACUCUCUCCGAGGAGAGACUGCGGGCUGCGGUUGAGCUGGCCAAGCGAGAUCUGAGACGAAGGCGCCUUGAGUCAGUGGCAAAAUCCCCUGCCAAACCCUCUCAGGAGGCCUCCCUCUUUGAGACAAGUGAUGUAGAGCUGCUUCAGGAGCUUGCAGCCACCCCAAAUAAGACAAAGUUAAAGGCCUCCAGUCCAAAAGAGAAAGUGGCCCAACCUGGAGCCAAACUGUUGGUGCACACAUCCCAGAGAUGUCCCAUCUCUCCCAUGCCUCGGACUGGCCAGUCGCCCCCAACCAGAGACCCUGGCCCAAAGCCUUUAGAACGAGGCAAACCAACUCCUUUAAGCCAGGAAAUCUGCAAGCUGCAAGAUGAGCUGGAAGUGUAUAUUCAGAAAGUGGAAGAGCUAGCCAAUAGAGGAGAGAAGAUAGAGGAGCCACUGGAGCCUGAAGAGCAAAACAAGUUGGAGAUACGAAGACAGAAGCAGUCAGCCCGCUCAGCACGUAUGAUCUAUGUUCUCCAACAACAGGUAAAAGAGAUACAAGAUGAUAUACAGAAACUACGAAGCCAGAAAAUGUGGGACACCAAAAAGUCCAUGGCUAUAAACAGGCUUGCAGCUGCCCACCGUGGGGCACUCAGGGCCUUACAGGUUGUUAUCCACCAGCUUUCAGAUCUAUCUCAUGGCAAGGUACCCCCUCACUACAAAGAGCUGGGCCAGCUGAUUCGCCAGAUCUCUUUGUGCUCAGCUAAAGUCGAAGUAGAACAGGGUUCAUCUGUGCCUGAGACGGCCCUCGACAUUCUGCAGAAACUAGAGACUUUGGAUUCUGCCCUCCGUAAACAAGAGACGCUUGAAAAGAUGCGGGCCCAAGCAUGUCCUCCACACAGGAAGUCUCCUCAUCGCAGCGUGUCACCCACUAGUGCACCCAAGGGUCCCAGCACCUCAACUGCUCGAGGUCCUCGCAGACCCGCAAAUCCCAAAAGAGUUGUCCGUGGAGGUAUGAGAAUGGCUUCACAUAAGCCUAAAACUACUUCUCGCCAGCCCAUGAACAGAAGAGAGGUGCUCCGGGCUGGCCUGGAGACACUUGCCCAGCAGAGGGAGCUGAGAGAGCUGCACGGACGAUCUCAGACAAGCACCACCUGCAGAAAAGGAGGGGCUCUACCCUCUGAGAGAAGCAAGGCUGACGUUAUAAUGAAGCAUAAUCAGAUACAAGAUGCGGGUUUCCAGCAGCCUACAGUCUCCUCUCAGCUCAGAGUGAACCAGCUCCCUCAAAAAGAGCGCUCUGUGCCCUGGAUACCUACAUCCCCUCAUUCUCCUCCUCCACAGCGAUCCCCUCAAAGGAAAAGACCAGAGCCUCGGUGUCUCUUCUCUCCUGUGAAGCCCUCACCCAGCCCUACAAAGCAGAAAGAGGCUGGUGGAUUGGGAGCAGAGUCGACCCUGAGCUCAGAAAAGAAGAAACAAGCUCAGAACGAAGCAUUAAGAAAAGCCUGGCUGGAUAAGAUGACGAUGCAGAGACUAAAAGAGCUCAACCAGCUGAGUAAAGAAGAGGCUGAACGCAUUCAGACAUUAAGGUCACAAGGUGUCUCGCCAACUCGGUGGGCUGAGCAAGCCGAGCAGAAGGCCAGAGAGAGAAUCCAGCCCCUUCUGGAUGAAGCACAGGAGAUUGGUGAGACCAGGAACAGGAUCAGCUCCUCACUGAGGAAUCGGCUGUCUGAGCACGCUGCAGAGAGGGCAGCAGAGAGUGCUGAGCAGCUGAGUGAGGCCUUGCUGGAAGAUCUGUUGGAGGACUGCGCACGGGUGGCGUGGGCGGCUGAGACAAACAGACAGUUGGAGGGCAUGGCUGAAUGUAGGCUGCAGGCCCCCACCCUGGAGAGUAUGCUGCUUCGUAUGGAGGAGAUACAGAGAGAUCAGGAGGAAGUGAGGAGACGGUUUGCUUCUAUCACAUAUUCAGACCCUCUUGACUGGGACCAACCAGGAGCAGCAGGACCCCAGUGCCAUGCCUCUGGCUCCAGGCCAGCCUCUCCUCAGCCAAUUAGGCUCACAAGGCCAGUGCUAAGGCAGAGCUGUGUAGCUGAUAUUGUCCUAGAGAAACCUGUGGAGACGGGGUAA